AUGAAUAUCCUGCUCCUUACAACGUCACUGUUCUCCAUCCUGGCUCUUGGUUUUGCCGAGGAAGGAAAAUCAGGGAUUGGACCUAAAGCGAAGAAACACAAAGCGCCUAAAAUCAAGGAGGAUCAUGAUGUUCUUGUCCUUACAAGUUCCAACUUUGCUCGUGCCCUGAAAGAACAUAAAUACUUAUUGGUGAAGUUCUUUUCUUGUAUUAUAGAUGUUGCUCUAUCUGCACCUUCCCAGACAGUAAAGGAAGAGUUCUCUAUAGCUGCAGCACAUCUCAAAGAAGAAACUGCAGAUGUAAGAUUUGGUCAAGUGGACAUCACUCAGGAAAAGGAUCUUGGGAAAGAAUUUAAGAUUAUGGAAUUUCCGACUUUUAAAUUUUUUGUCAAUGGAGAUAGGGAGAACCCAACUGACUGCAAAGGUGUCAGAACAGCCUCUGCCUUUGUGACAUGGAUAAAUAGACGUAUGGGACCCAGUUCAAAGUCAUUAAACACCACAGACGAUUAUGAAUCCUUCAUUCAGUCAGAUACAGUUUCUGUGGUUGGAUUUUUAAAGGAUCCACGCAGUAGGUUUACAGAACACUUCUCAGAAGCUGCUAAAGAUGUCCCAGAUCUUUCCUUCGGUCUUGUAACUAAUGAAGAUGUCCUGCUACAUGUUGGCAUAACAAAGAAUAUGGCUGCAGUAUACAAAAGGGAUAAACCAGUCCACUAUUUGAUAUCAGAAGAAGAAAUUGAAAACAAAGUGGAUCUAAUACGACUAAUACGGACUUACAUCAUGGAUGUGGUAACAGAGUAUAACCUGGAGACGUCAGUGACUAUAUUUGAUGUCCCCAUCAACAGUCACAUCCUUCUCUUCGCAUCAAAAACAUCAGAGCAAUUUAGUGCAAUAUAUGAAAGUUUUGGAUCUACCGCUCUGGAGUUCAGGGGGAAGAUUGUAUUUGUGUUGGUUAACACCGAUGAAAGUCGGAAUGGCCGAAUCUUUGAAUAUUUCCGUAUCAAAGAGGUGGAUACCCCGGCAAUUCGCAUUCUAAACCUAACAAGUGAUACAAAAUACAGAAUGCCAGCGGAUGACAUCACCUUUGAAAAUAUCAGAAGCUUCUGCCAGAGUUACUUGGAUGGAAAAGCCAAGCCCCAGAGAGACAGUGAAGACAUCCCGAAGGACUGGGACAAACAUCCAGUAAAAGAACUGGUUGGGAAAAAUUUUAAUAAAGUUGCUUUCGAUAAAUCAAACAAUGCUUUUGUCAUGUUCUAUGCUCCCUGGUCCAAACCAUGCAAAGAACUUUUUCCUGUAUGGGAAGAGUUAGGAAAAAGAUACCAAAAUAACACUAACGUAACAAUUGCCAAAAUAGACUGCACAGCCAAUGAAAUUCAACUGAUAAUGUCAGAGCGCUACCCUUAUUUUCGGUUCUUCCCUGCUGGAUCAGAUACCAAGUCUAUUAGAUAUACAGGGGAAAAGAAUAUUGAAGCAUUUGCAGAAUUCUUAGAACAAGAGCUGAGAUCACAUAUAAAAGACGAGGAAAUUUCUUCAUCAAUAGAAUCAUCAAACGAAGACAAUGAAAAGCAAAUGAAGGAAGAACUAUAA